AUGACGACUCCAUCUGAUAAAUCAGUUUGUGAAUUAAGUAAUCGCUUACCCACAACUGUUAUACCGAAACAUUAUCAAUUAUAUCUUGAUGUUAGUCAACUUGAUCAAUAUCUUUUUCAAGGAAUUGUAGAUAUAGAUGUUCAAAUUAAUGAAAUUGUAAAUGAAAUUAUAUUGAAUAGUGUUGAUUUAAAUAUAACAAAAAUUGAAUAUCAACAAAAUAAUUCAACUUCUUCUUUGAAUGGAUCUGUUGAAUUAAAUGAUGAAUAUGAACUAGCAAUUAUACGAUUUUCACAACCAAUCGAUUCUGGAAAUGGUCGUCUUCAUAUUGAAUUUAAUGGAACAAUAGAAGAUGAACUUCAUGGUUUUUAUCGAACUAAAGAUAAAAAUAAAAUUGGUGCAUGUACACAAUUUGAACCUGCAUAUGCACGUCGUGCUUUUCCUUGUUUUGAUGAACCAUCAUUUAAAGCAAAUUUUACUAUAACUAUUCGAGCACCUAAACAUUUAACAACAUUAAGUAACAUGCCAAUUAAAUCACAAAAAGAUGAUGAAAAUAAUACAUGUACUUAUGAAUUUGAAACAUCACCAAUUAUGUCAACAUAUUUAGUUGCUUAUGUUAUUGGAGCUUAUGAUUAUGUUGAAACUUAUGAUACAAAUAAUGUAUUAAUUCGAGUUUAUACACCAGUUGGCAAAAAAGAACAAGGAUUAUUUGCUUUACAUACUACAGCUAAAAUUCUUCCAUUCUAUGCUGAAUAUUUCGGUAUUAAAUAUCCAUUAAGUAAAGUCGAUAAUGUUGCUAUUGCAGAUUUUGGUUCUGGUGCAAUGGAAAAUUGGGGUUUAAUAACAUAUCAUGAAACAUAUUUACUUGUCGAUACUCAUAAUACUACUCAAGAAACUAAACAAGAAGUUGCUCUUAUUGUUGCUCAUGAAUUAGCACAUCAAUGGUUUGGAAAUUUAGUUACAAUGGAAUGGUGGAAUGAUCUAUGGCUUAAUGAAGAUAAGUAUUUCAUACAAUAUUUUAUGUCUUGUAUUUUUUCUUCUUCUUCUUUUGUUUUACGUUUUGCAGCUUGGAUUCAAUUUUUAGCUGUUGAUCAUGUUUAUCCUGAAUAUGAUAUAUGGACACAAUUUGUAGCUGAUAAUUUGCCAACAUGUAUGAUUCCAGAUGCUCUUCAUAAUAGUCAUCCUAUUGAAAUUGAUAUAAAGCGGCCAAGUGAAAUAAGUGAAAUAUUCGAUGAUAUUACAUAUGAAAAAGGUGCAAGUGUUAUUCGUUUUCUUCAUUCGUAUAUUGGUGAUGAAGCAUUUCGUACAGGUUUAGCUAAUUAUCUUGCUGAAUAUGCAUAUAAAAAUACAAUAACAGAAAAUCUUUGGUCACAUUUAUCUCGAACGGCGAACCGAUCUCAUUUAUCGGAUAUUCUUUCGUCAUGGACAAAACAAGUGGGCUAUCCAGUUUUAAACAUAACCCAAGAACAAAAAGGAAAUAAUCGAUUGUUAACAAUUGAACAAACACGAUUUCUUGCUGAUGGAUCAAUAGAUGAUAAUCCUAAAUGGAAAAUUCCAAUAAAUAUCUGUACAAAAUCAAAUCCAAAUGAGAGUGUUCAUCAAUUAUUUAUGGAUGGAACUAAAAAACAAGAAUUUUUAUUAGAAAAAAUACCAGAAACAGAUUGGAUUAAAUUAAAUUUAUUCAGCGUUGGUGUGUAUCGUGUUAAUUAUCCACAAUCUAUGCUUGAUGCAUUAACACAUGGUAUACAAGAUCAAACUCUUUCUCCUCAAGAUCGUUUCAAUAUUCAAGCAGAUUUAUAUGCAUUAGCACGUUCUAAUCAUGUUAGUUAUGUUGAUUUUUUAAAAUUCCUUCGGCAAGCAUAUAAACAUGAAGAUAAUUUCACUGUUUGGAAAUCAAUCAUAAAACAAUUAAAUGAUCUUAAUUCUAUACUUGAUUAUGGUUCAAUUAAGAAUACAAAAAAACUUUUUGAAACAUAUGUAUGUGAUUUUCUAUCACAUAUAUAUGGUAAAUUAUUAUGGGAUCCUUUACCAAAUGAAGGUUCACAAACAGCUAUGCUUCGUGGUUUAAUAUUAACUCAAAUGGGUAUUAAUGGACAUAAUAAAACACGUGAUGAGGCACAUAAACGUUUUGAACAAUUAUUUGCUGGCAAUAAUCAAAAUCAUCAAUCGAUUAAUCCAAAUAUUCGUUCUGCAAUUUAUUUAACUGUUGCUAAAACAGGAAAUCAAGAUAUAUUUGACAAACUUAAAUUACUUUAUCGUGAAUCUGAAAUACAAGAAGAACGUAUUCGUUUAUUAAUUGCACUUACUUGUUUUGAUGAUGAAAAUAUUCAACGUCAAGCACUUGAAUAUAUAUGGAAUGAAGAUGAAGUUCGAAAACAAGAUCAUAUUACUGCAUUUAAAUCAUUAGCAGCACAUAAUCCAAAAGGUUGUGAAAUAGUAUGGAAUUAUAUGCAACAAAAUUGGGAUAAAAUUGAAGAAAUUUAUGGUGAAAAUGAUAGUCAUUUGAUACAUGCUGUUGAACAUUGCCCAAGUCACUUUGUUACGAAAGAGCGAGCUGAAGAAGUUCAAAAAUUUUAUGUUGAUCAUCCAAAUCCAUUAUUAGAUAGGCCAACUAAAAAAGUCUUCGAACAAAUCAAUAUUCGUCGACUUGUUCUUGAACGACACGAACGUAGUAUUAACGAGUUUCUUAGUGUUUGA